CCAUUCUUAGGCGAAAAUUGUAGGAGUUUGAUCAACAAGCCAAAAAUCUUCUUUGUGCAGGCGUGUCGCGGCGACCGAUUAGACAAACCUGUCGUCUUUAAUGAAUUCGCUGUGAUGACUCGACAAAUAGGAGGACCGUCCGUGCCCGAAGAAAGACCGCCUGUGAUAACAUACGCCAUACCAAAUACGGCCGAUCUGUUAGUAAUGUAUUCGACAUUUGAGAAGUACUACUCAUUUCGUAAUGUUGAAAAUGGCUCUUGGUUCAUACAAAGUCUUUGCGAAGUUUUCGCUGAGGCUACCAACAAGCCACACGCAACAACGGAAGGGUUUGAUCUCUUACGUCUCCUCACCGCCGUAAACCGCAAAGUGGCUUAUGAAUAUCAGUCAUCUGCCAAAGUUGAGGUAUUGAAUCAAAUGAAGGAAAUGCCCAACUUUCUAUCGACGCUCACCAAAACUUUUUAUCUUAAAGUGAAAAGUCUACCACAAAAACGAAUUAUUUAAAAAUUACCCAGCUUUCUGAACAAUUAACGGCACUGAACAUUCAUACAUACAUAUGUACAUAUAAACUGUAACAAUUUUGUUUAGCUAUGUAUAUGACAACAAAUAA